GUAAGUACAUGCCGUCCCAGAUCCUCCUGCUCAUUCUCACAACGCACACACUCCCUCUUUCUCUCUCCGCACUUUCUCUCUCUACACUUUCUCUCUCUUAAAAUGCAGUACAACAACCUCGGCCGUUCAGGCCUCAAAGUGAGCCAACUCUCCUACGGCGCAUGGGUCAGCUUCGGCAACCAACUCGACGUCAAGGACGCCAAAUCCCUCCUCCAAUGCUGCCGAGACAACGGCGUGAACUUCUUCGACAACGCCGAGGUCUACGCCAACGGCCGAGCCGAGGAGAUCAUGGGCCAAGCCAUCCGCGAGCUGGGCUGGAAGCGGUCGGACAUCGUCGUCUCGACCAAGAUCUUCUGGGGCGGACCCGGACCCAACGACAAGGGUUUGUCUCGGAAGCACAUAAUCGAAGGCACGAAGGCGUCGCUGAAGAGGCUGGACAUGGAGUAUGUGGACUUGAUCUAUUGCCACCGACCCGAUUCGUCGACGCCGAUCGAAGAGACGGUGAGGGCCAUGAAUUACGUGAUUGAUCAUGGGUGGGCGUUCUAUUGGGGGACCAGUGAGUGGUCGGCGCAGCAGAUCACGGAGGCGUGGGGUGUGGCUCAGAGAUUGGAUCUUAUUGGGCCGAUUGUGGAGCAACCCGAAUACAAUUUGUUGUCUAGGCACAAGGUUGAGUCAGAGUAUCUCCCCCUGUACAGUAAUUAUGGCAUAGGUCUUACCACAUGGAGUCCGCUUGCAUCUGGAGUUCUGACUGGGAAAUAUAAUUCAGGAAACAUUCCACCUGAUAGUCGGUUUGCUCUAGAAAAUUACAAGAAUCUUGCUAGCCGAUCUCUGGUGGAGGAUGUCCUGAAGAAGGUUAAUGGACUAAAACCAAUUGCUGAAGAACUGGGGGUGCCUUUAGCUCAACUUGCCAUUGCAUGGUGUGCAGCAAAUCCUAAUGUCUCAUCCGUUAUUACUGGUGCCACUAAGGAGUCUCAGAUUCAAGAGAAUAUGAAGGCUGUCAAUGUCAUUCCAAUGUUGACACCUGCUGUGAUGGAGAAGAUUGAGGCUGUUGUUCAAAGCAAACCAAAGCGCCCCGACUCGUAUAGGUAAAACACAGGAUGUAAUUCCAUUUUUAGCUUGCAGUGAAUGUGGCUUUUUUGUACCACAAUGCAGGCAGGGAGGACACACGAUUCUAUUGUGUCUUUGAUUUGAUGGUUGUUUAUUUUCCGUGUCAUUUGUGGACUUUUGCCCGUGAAAUUUGGAUAUUUCGAAAAUUUUCAUCUGUCUUUUUUUUUUUUUUUUUUUUUGGGAGUUUGAUAGGUGGCAAUGCAUUGACUAAUUGUCCACAAUGUAGUUGGAGUCAUAGAAGUGUGAUACUGUGAUGUGAUUUGGUUUUUACAUUUCUUCCAUCUCUUCUUAAUAUAGUAUUUAGUCUUUUUCUUUUUCUUUUU